CUUUCUCCCUAACCAUCAUGACGACCUCUCUCGAUUAUUUGAAGCAGACUGGUACCGUCGUCGUCUCCGACUCUGGUGACUUCGAAUCCAUCGAUGUCUAUAAGCCGCAGGACGCGACGACCAACCCAUCAUUGAUCCUGGCUGCCGCCCACAAGGCCGGAUAUGCUCGUCUCAUUGACGCUGCUGUCGCCUUUGGCAAGUCCAAGGGUGGUGACAUCGACACCCAGGUCAAUGCCGCAAUGGACAGGCUCCUCGUCGAAUUCGGCAAAGAGAUUCUCGCUAUCAUCCCGGGCCGGGUUUCCACUGAGGUCGACGCACGUCUUUCCUUUGACAAGGAGGCAACAAAGGUCAAGGCCAAGGAACUUAUUGCCCUUUACGAUUCAGUGGGUGUCAAGAAGGAACGUGUCCUCAUCAAAAUUGCCUCGACCUGGGAGGGCAUCCAAGCUGCCCGGGAACUCGAACGGGACGACGGUAUUCACUGUAACCUCACCCUCCUCUUCGGAUUUGGUCAAGCCGUUGCUUGUGCCGAGGCCGGUGUCACAUUGAUCUCUCCUUUCGUUGGCCGUAUCUUGGAUUGGUACAAGAAGUCUACUGGCAAGACCUAUGAGGGUGACGAAGACCCUGGUGUUAUUUCUGUCAAGAAGAUCUUCAACUAUUAUAAGCAGUAUGGUUACAAAACCAUCGUUAUGGGUGCCUCUUUCCGUAACACCGGAGAGAUUAAAGCCUUGGCCGGUGUCGACUUCUUGACCAUUUCACCUUCCCUUCUGGAAGAACUGAAAAAGUCAACGGAGCCUGUUCCCAAGAAACUAGAUUCGGUUGCCGCUGCCAAAGCCAAAGACCUUCCCAAGGUCAGCUAUAUCGACAACGAGCCUGAGUUCCGCUGGGCACUUCUCCAAGAUCAAAUGGCAUUCGACAAGUUGCACGAAGGCAUCAAGAAGUUCGCUGAGGAUGGCGAGACGCUCAAGGCCUUGCUCAAGACCAAGCUUUCCGCUUAAACGGUAAGGUUCGGAAUGAAAAUAUGUAAACGAUUGUAUAGUGUUAGCCAAGAUGCGAAGUAAGUAGAUUUUUGUAUGUCAUAGACUGUUACGUUUCAUUUCGACUGGACUGCUGAGAUUGAAGUUCUCAUAAAAUGACUCACGUGUGGUAUGUAGCGAUCUUGGCGUCUUUUUACAGUUCGACAACAUA